AUGGUAGGGCCAUCAAGAAGGAAUAUGAGGCGUCUAAAGCUGUCUGUAGACUCUGGGAAAAGUGUUGUUCCAAAUGAAGAAUCGAGUGACUCGGAAACAAACGACGAUCCUCAUACUAAUGAUAGCUCCAGUGAAAACUCAUUAGAUACCAUCGCCGAACCGGAAACCGAAUACUUUGAACUAAGACAAAGAGAUAUAUUUCCUGGCAAAUUUCUUCUAGUUAAAGUAUGUGGUGGAUCAAGAAAAAAACAGUUUAUCGAUAUAUUGCCGUUGUGCAAAAUGUGA